AUGUUUUCAUAAGCUUUCAGAAGAGGUCAAUAAUAACCUUUACAAUAGCAGCAAUAACCGAUGAAUAUUUCGUUCCAUAAGUAAGUAUCUGAGGUUAUUUAGUUAAUUGUAAGCCCAACAAACAAAAUCCUUUUCUUAAACUCAAUAUGAGAAGGAGAAUAUUAGCCAAUUUCUUGGUUCCACAAAAAGAUAAAAUCUAAAUGAGUCCUUCUAUCAAGAACAACAAGUACCUCAAAUAUCAGAGGUCUAUCGAAUUUUAGAUCAACUGCAACAGAUGAUGAUGGUGAAAUUCAAUGACUUCUAAGGUGUGAUCAAUGAUCAAGAAAAAGCGAUCAGGCCAUUGAUUGAGUAGAAUACCCAAUUGAAUAACUAAUUAACCAAUGUUCUUUAACAAAGUGAGAAGAUACUUUCACAACUCACAGCGAAUUUGGAGAAGAGUGAAUAGAUCAAUAAUAGGAAUUAAAAAAGGAAGAGCAACGAGUGUUCGGAAGGUGAUCUGGGAGCAGUGUAACAACUACUCAAGACUCUUGAUGACAGAUUGAACAAUUUAUCAAAUGAAGUAGAGAUGAUAGCAGAAACAAACAAUAGAUUCCAAGUGCGAGUGAUGGAAGUUGUGAAUAUCGAUAAGUUGGAACAUCUUGAAAACAUGUAGAGAGUAUUGCAAGAGAUGGAUAAAGCAAAGAGGUCCAUAUCUAAAAAAAUAAAGCGUUGA